AUGCCGAAACAUUUUUGCGCAUGGCGGGGACUCCGCAAAGUAGACGCCACCGUCAUCACGAUGCUGCAGACGUACGUCAGCGUCGUCACUGCUGUGCAACACAGGAGCCUCACGGCGGACGUCCGCGCCACUUCCCACAACGACAGCGGCGCUGGGCCUGCUACUGCCACUGACGCCGUUCGCACUACCACCACCGCCGCCCCGCAGCGACCGGAGAUGGGGCAACUUCUGCAGCAACUUUUGUGGCGGGCAAAGGAGGCGCUUCUCAUGGGGGCGGCGAGGACGGAGGUACCACAAGGCGCGGGGAGAGGAAGGAAGUGGAGCAGAGAACCGGGUACGUCGCAGCCCCCGCCGCCCCCGCGGAUUCACCCCGCGGACGCAACCGGUCUGUUUGAAGUGGAGUGGAGUGAGCUGACUCGGCCAACGCAAAAGGCGCACGAUGGCCUUUUCUGCGAGUGCCUCUGA